AGGUUGUGCAGUACCGUGAGCAGAGUGACCUCGCUUUCAUGCUGCUUGUCAAGUCUCAGCACCUGUAUGAGCCUCUUGACAUUGACGAGCUGAUGCGGUACUCACUUACCCCAGUCCCUCACAGCCUCGGCACGGCAGACGGGUACUUCAAUAAAACCAAUAAGGCUGCAAUGUUUCAUUACUUGAUGGAAGAUGCUCCUGAGGAUGUGCCUUAUCCAAAAGAUGCGCUCUACAUCCAGGAUGGCAACGCACUUUUGCAUGCCCUAACAAACCUGCCCCCAACAUUCCGUGAUAUUUGCCUCCAGGUGCUUGAUCAGAUGGUGGCUAAGAAUAACUUUAUCUUCUCUACCGAUUCAUACCAAGCUGACUCCAUCAAGGCUCAGGAGAGAUUGCGCCGCGGCUUCUCCCAGCGGUACAUUAUAGAUGGGCCAGCAACAAGAAAGCCAAGUGACUUUAGACUGUUCUUGACAAACGAAGAUAACAAGACACAGCUCUGUCAUCUACUACUCCGUGUGUGGGGGAGCAAGGCAGCGGCAUCUCGGCUUGAAAGAAGUAGGACUGCAGUGGUAGUGGUGGAAGGCAGGGCGUAUCAGCUGGACUCAUCAGAUGGCGAUGUGAGUAUACAUAAAUUCAUAUCAUAAACAUGUAAGCCUUUUCUCCACCAACACUCAGCACUAUAAUAUAUAAUAAAAACUCGCACAAUGCUA